AGCCGCUACUCGCGCAGCACCUGUCGCCGCGCGAGGUCUUCUGCGAAACCGACCCCCUGCACGUGUCAGCCGUGCUGCUGGACGCGCACGCCGCCUGGCGGAGCCUCUGGGGGGAAGCGCGCGCGGGGAGACCGCGGAGUGCCUCCGGGGACGCGGACGCGGGGGGAUGGGGAGGAGCGCGGAAAGGGAAUCCCGCACAACGGGCGGCGCAGGGGGGAACACCGCUGAGGGGGCGGUCAGGUCCGUUACAGAGCAGGGUCUGGGAGUACGGGCAGGAGAAAAAAAACCCGCUGGGCAGGAAGAAAAGUUGGCAGGGCUGGACGGAUGACCCGCGAGGAGAGCUGGAGGCAUGGCCUUCCGUUAGUAGCUGCUUGCCGUUAGGUGGCGAUGCUUCUGGUGGUGGUGUUGGCGGUGGUGGUGGUGGCAGCGGUAGCUCCAGUGGCGUUUCCAUGCAAGCAAGCUCGGCUGACUGUGCCAAUCGCUACUCCCCCAUUCCUUACUCCGCCCCGCUGCCCAACUCCCUUCUUCCCCACUCGUGCCCCUUCCCCAACCCCUCCUCGCUCCCCUCCUCCUCCUCCCUCCCCCAAUCGUCCUUCCUCCCCCCUUCCUCCUCUCUCCCCCUCUCCUCGUCGCUCUCCUCCUCCACCUCUCUCCCUGCCGCGUCGUCGUGCAUCAAGAGGGCUGUGUUUGGAAGCUCGUUGCUGGCAGCGUGGGAUAGCGAUGAGGGAGAGGAGGGGGAGAGGGAUGAGGAUGAGGAUGUGUAUGGUCAUGAUCCCCAUGCCCAUGACCGUAUCGUUUCCACUCGAGACGGGCCCCAUGCUGCUGCUGCGGCUGCUGCUGCUGCCACACAUGCUGAAUCAGAAUCCACUGUUGUUGGCGCUGCCAGCACACGGGCAGACAGCAGCAGCGCGCAUUACCAGGCUGCGCUGGUCAGGCCUGGGAGCAAGGCAGGGCGGAGGAGGGAGGCUGCGGAAGGGCCUGGAGGGGCGGCGGGGGCGGCGGGGCCGGCGGGGCUGGCACGGGAGGCGGAAGGGCGUCGUAACCUGCGGCGUGCAAUCAUGGGGCGGCUGAAGCGCACAGCGCACAGCUGGAAGGAAGGGUUCGGUGGGGGGAGAGCAGGCGCGGAGGAGAGGGAGAGGGAGAGGGAGAAAGUAAGGAGCGGGAGGAGUGGGAAGAAGCGAGGUGGGUCGGAUGACUUGAGCUGUGUGCGGGAGGGCAGUGCGGUAGAGUGGAGUCAUGCGGAGUGCAGUGCGGUGGGAGGUUCCCUCCUGCGGCUGAGAAGUCAUGAAAUCCGAUCCCUGGACUGGGGAGGGGAGAGUGCUGGGCCAAAGGGGCAGCAGCUGAGGGAUAUGGAAGGUGGAGAAGUUGAAGAUUUGGAGGAGAGGGAGGGGGUGCAUGGUCAGAGGAGAUCCGAGGAUCUAGGGUUUGGGAGUGUGGAUAGUGACGAGGAGGGCGAGGAGGAGGAGGAGAGGGAGCUGGAUGAGGCUAGAAGAGUGAGGAUGGAGCAGCAGAUGAGGGCCUUGCUGCAGGAGGAGAGCGGUGAGCAAGGGGAAGGGACGGGGAGAGGUGCAGCAGCCGAAUGGGACGCAGGAGCAGGGAGAGAAGGCGCCCCCCGUCAGCUGCAUCCCCUGCGUCUGCCCUCCGUCCCCAGGGCCUUCCUUGCACAACCGUCCUCUCGCCCACACACCCACCACCACCGGUCGAGCUCAGCGCGCCCCUCCCCCCACCAGUCGCCGCGCUCCGCGCGUGGUGCUGCGCGCUUCUUCCCCAGAGGCGCCUCUGUGGGCUCCGCCGCCCCCUCAGCGCUGGGAUCAGGGUCACUGCUCGCCAGGGAAUCCCCGACUGCCUCUCCCACGUCUGUGACAGGUUCCCUGCUCCCUGCUUCCUUGCCACAACCACGCAAGCACGGCAGCAGGGGGGAGGGCAGUGGCAGUGGUGGGGGAAAAGGGGCCGCGUUGCACCGCCGCUUGCGCUUCCCCUUGCGCGCCUUGCGCUCCCUCAGCCCCCCUGGCGCUGCUGCUGCUUCCGCUGCUGCCGCUUCUGCCGCUGCUCCUGCUCGGACUAAUGCUGGUCCUGCUGCUGCCGGUGCUGCUGAUCUCACCGGUUCUGGAGGGUCAGGAGGCGAUUUCACCCGCCUCUUCUCCCGAGGCACACGAGGAGAGGCUCUGGAAGGUGGGAGAGAGGGCGCGUGGGAGGGGUGGAGAGGGAGCAAGGCGUGUGAGGGGUAUGAGGGAUGGCAGAGGAGGGAGGGAGUGAUCGUGGGUAUGUGUGGAGACGAGCGUGUGGGUGGCAGGAUGGGGGUAGGGGAAGGAGAUGGGGGCGUUUUGGGGAGUGGUGAUGCGGCGGGUGGUGCGUGGAUGGGUGGGGGGGAGUGGUUGGACUCUGGUGCUGCAGCAGCGGAAGUGGUGGUGGCGGCAGCAGCAGCGGCAUGCAGUGUGUGGUAUCAUACUGGGCAUGGGCAUGUGCACAUGCAGGGCAAGGAGGAGGGACAAGGGGAAGAGGAGGAGCAGGGGCAGGGGCAGGGGCAGGGGCAGGGAAAGGGGCGAGUGGGGUCAGAUGGGCUAGGCGGAGUGAGUGGUUCAGUGGUGUAUGGCAAUGGCGCUGAUACUCAUGGUGCCGGGGCUGCCAGUGCUACCAGUGCUGCCAGUGCUGACAUUGCUGCAAGAGGUGAGCUUGGUAACGAUCUUAGUCUACGGUGGAUGGGAGGUGAUGACGCUAUGAGGGGUGAUUGUAACGAGCAUGAUGAUUGUGGUGGCGUGCAUGGUGUGCCGGAGGUGUGUGUGUUACAGAUGAUGCACAAGGGGGCUUGGGAAAGUGAGGGUGAGGAAGAGGAUGAGGGGGAGGAGGGUGAGGAGGAGGAGGGUGAGGUGGAGGUGGAGUUGCAAGAGGAUGAAGAGGAGGAAGAUGAGGAAGAGGAGGAGGAAGAGGAAGAGGAUGGCAAGGAUGAAGUGUGUGGCAAACAUAGAGACAGCAAGGAGGGCCCAGCGGCAUGUGGUGGACAGCCCCCCUGCCAUUCUCCCUCCCGACGCAACUUCUCCCACUCCCCUCCAUCCCACCAGCCUUCUGCCUCCAAACCGUCCCACCUUCAUUGCUUGAAACCCAGUAAUGAACCAGACACGAGCAUAGCGUGUCUGGCUGCAGGUGAGCAAAAUGCCAGAGGGACGACGAGUCAUGCUGGGGGGUUGGGUGUUGGUGACUGCCACAACCACCACCACCACCACCAGCGAGUGCGGUCGUUUGAGUUCAUUGGCAUGGUUGGGCCCCACAAGGGCCGCAGCAUUGCUACCACGAGGACGGAUGCGGCGGCGGCAACGGCGGUUGCGGUUACUCACCUCACCUCGUUUGCUUGA